AUGUCUGGAACCAUUCUACAUCUGCGUUCCGAGUUGGGCAAGGCUCUCGAACAUCGUUCCGCCCUCACCCCAACCACUGCCAAAGCUCUGAUAGAUGCUGGAUAUACCGUCAAUGUCGAGCGCAGUUCUGAGAGGAUCUUUGAUGACAGCGAAUUCGAGAAGAUUGGAGCUACAUUGGUCCCAGAAAACACAUGGCGUGAGGCUCCUACAGACCAUAUUAUCAUUGGAUUGAAGGAGCUGCCAGUUGAAGAAUGUAUUGGAACACCUGCUGAUGGUCCAUUAGUCCCCCUCAAGCAUGUGCAUGUCCAAUUCGCCCAUUGCUACAAACAACAAGGCGGAUGGGAAACGGUCCUAUCUCGAUUCCCCCGCGGCGGUGGAACCCUACUCGACCUCGAAUUCUUGACCGACGAUAAAGGCAGACGUGUUGCAGCCUUCGGAUACCACGCCGGAUUUUCAGGCGCGGCAUUGGCUUUGCAGACAUGGGCAUGGCAACUCACACACCCCGCAUCGGAACCCUUCCCAAGUGUUUCUAGCUACCCUAACGAAGAUGCAUUGAUUGUCGAUGUCAAGAAGGCAAUCGCGGCAGGAAAAGAGAAGAGCGGAAAGGAUCCAAGGGUUCUAGUCAUUGGUGCAUUGGGAAGAUGUGGUGGUGGAGCUGUUGAUCUCUGCUUGCGAGCUGGUGUGCCAACUGAAAAUGUGUUAAAGUGGGAUAUGGCAGAGACGGCUAAAGGAGGACCAUUCCCCGAGAUUGUGGAGAGCGAUAUCUUUGUCAACUGCAUAUACCUCAUGUCCAAGAUCCCAAACUUCGUCGAUAUGGAAAGCCUCGAUACCCCAAACCGCAAGCUCUCAGUCAUCUGCGAUGUUAGCGCCGAUACCACCAACCCGAAUAACCCAAUCCCAGUAUAUACUGUUGCCACAACAUUUACGGACCCGACUGUGCCAGUUGAGGUCAAGGGAGAGCCAAGAUUAGGUGUGAUUAGUAUCGAUCAUCUGCCCAGUUUGCUACCUAGGGAGGCAAGCGAGGCUUUCAGUAAGGAUUUGCUGCCAAGUCUUCUGCACCUGAAUGAGUGGAAGACAACUCCAGUAUGGUCCAAGGCAGAGAAGUUGUUCCAGGAGAAGGUUGCUACGUUGCCAGAAGGCUCACUGUCAUGA